UUAUCUGAUAUGCAUGGCGGCAUUGGCUCCCAGACCUUGUAUCCAAGGCUCCCUGUUGUCAGUCUUGUCACUAACCCAGAUACACAUACAGCAGUUUACCCUGGUCGGCAGUGCGACGUACUUCUCCACUUUGCGUCCAUUCAGCCGAAGUGACUGAAGCGCAAUGGAGUCGAAGGAUGGAGGAUGGAUCGGCGAAGCCUCCGACAUUGAGAAGCUCUACGAACAGAGUCACAAAAGAGGGAGCUUCUUGUUGGUCUACCAGUUGAGCUUGAGCAGCGUUCAUCCUCUCCAGGAAGACCAAGUGAAAACAGCCCUCAUUCAUUUGCAUAGGAAGUGUCCGGCUCUGCGCGUUUGUUUCGGUCAGAGAAAUGGCAAAACUUGGCUGCGGUACAUGACCAAGGAGAAAAUUGACUUUCAGGUCGUGAGAGACGCCGCACCCGACGACUUGAGGGAUCUACUCCAAACGUACCGAUACAACUCGGAAGAGGGACCUUUGUGGUGCGUCCGAUUGCUAAUGAAUACUGGCGACUCCCUGGCUCUAGACAAGGGUCUCCCCCAAACCUCUCACUUAUUUUUCGGAAUACACCACAGCAUCACCGAUGGAUUCACCAUGAUGAAAACGUGUGGAAGUCUCGUCAGGAUCCUCAAUGAUGUCAUAGACAACCAGCCAAUUUGUGAUGAGGAGCAAAUCGGGUAUUUUGUUUCAGAUACAGAGAAUGAGAAGCACGUCGCCGUCAAAAUGUCCGCUCUUAAGCAAGAUCCGCUUUUGAUGCAAGAGCUCAUCUCAAGAUCGGAGGACAAAGGUGCCGGAAUGCCACUGCUUUUAAAGAUCAGACCUCCUCCCGAAGGAGAGGACAAGAGCUGCAAUAUGAUACACGUUUUAGAUCAGGCCUCGACUCAGAGGUUCAUUGAGAAAUGCAAAGCCGAAAGGGUUUCGAUCAGUUCUGGUUUUGCAGCUGUUUUCAAUGCAUCAAUGGUUUCUUUCUUUGUGGAGAAUCAGUACAUCGAAGAUUCUUAUAGAAUGUGUAAUGGCCACGUCAUCAAUUCCCGUCGUUACUGGCCGGGUGACAGUUCUGAUGCCAUGGGAUGCCAUGCCCUCUCUCCCCUCAAUUUAUGGAUAGAUGUCCCCAAAGACUUGCACACAAAGUUUUGGGACUUUGCGCGGAAUCUCCAUCAGGACCUCCAUCGACACCUCAAGGAGGAAUCGAUUCUCCUACGCGAAGCGUACGUAAAACUAAAAAAUAAUGAAGGACCCAAUUACGAUGAGAUAUUUUACUCAUCGGCACCAAUGCAAGUUGACUGUGUCUUUUCUAAUUUAGGAGACGUGACGCACUACUUUGGGGAAGGGGGACCGCAUGUCAAACCCUAUCUCUUGGUACGGCAUGCUUCACUGCACCGCUCAGACAUAAAAAACUUUGCAUAUUUCAUCCAUACAUUUAGGGGUCGUUUCAUAGUCAAUUUACUGUACAAUUCUAAAUAUGUUGCCAAAGCUGUAGCUCAGGAACACUUCAGUCUCAUUGUUAGCAUGAUGGAAAAGGUGAUCAAUGGCAGUUUUUAUUAAAUGGCGUUAGACUCAACCAAUGCAUCCUGAGAGAGACCUUUGACUCAGUGUUUUGGAGUUUUUCGCUAUUUUGUUACCCCUUUAAAGGUUCAUGGGGUAGAGCUCGACCCGAGCGCCCAGAAAAAUUUGUGAAAAUUCAAAAACUGUAGCUAUGCUGUAUAUUUUAAUUUCUAAAAUCAAUUGCACCAUUGCCAUACACUACUGAGAAGAUAAAUCAUACCCAUCUACAAAUUAGAUAUUUAUUACAAAUAUAUUAAAAAAAUAAGUAUAUACAAAAAAUAAUUUACAAAAAUAUUUACAAAAAAUACAAAAUACGCUAUAUGCACACAAAAAUUGAGGGAAUCCUUCCUAAAACUAUUGUUUACAAUAUGUGCUGCCAGAAAAGGUGUCGGACCCAUAGAGGUCAAAAUCUGAAAAGAGAAAAAAAAGUGUAAGUUUUUGGCCAAAAAAAAAGUCAAAAUUUCACAAAUUUUUUCCGGUACCUAAAUGAAAUAGGAAGUGGCUAAUUUUUUUUUAGAAUAAACUCAUAUUAACCUAGAACGGAAUUAUGUAGAAAGAUCUGCACUAAGAUGUAAUUUACUUUUAUAUCAGAAAUGUUAUUCUUUCUCUCUCUCUCUCUCUCUCUCUCUCUCUCUCUCUCUCUCUCUCUCAAACAAUAAUUUACAAAAAUAUUUACAAAAAAUACAAAAUAUGCUAUAUGCACACAAAAAUUGAGGGAAUCCUUCCUAAAUUAUUUACAAUAUGUGACUGCCAGAAAAGGUGUAGUUUCCAUAGAGGUCAAAAUCAGAAAGGAGAAAAAAAAAGGGUUAAGUUUUUUUUGGCCAAAAAUUUUUUUUUAAUUUCAUGAAUUUUUUUGGUACCUAAAUGAAAUAGGAAAGGCUAAUAUUUUUAUAGAAUAAACUCAUAUUAUCCUAGAACAGAAUUAUGUAAAAAGAUCUGCACUAAGAUGUAAUUUACUUUUAUAUCAGAAAUGUUAUUCUCUCUCUCUCUCUCUCUCUCUCUCUCUCUUCUCUCUCGCUCUCUCUCUCUCUCUACAGUGUGUCGAUGAUUUACUGACAUAAGCUGAAGUAAUCUGUCACUAGAAAAGGCACAGACCCACUACUUCCCACCCCCUCUCUCCCCCUCUUGUUUCGUAAUGAUUUUAAGGUCAUCUUCUUUGCCUCCAAUCCUUUGUUACACAAACUUGAGCUUAUUGCCAUAGAGGUGUCAGCAGCCUCUAAAUUAUCAUCAACAUCACUUUCUAAUUCCAUUAGCAGUAAGUUGAUGACAUCCAUGCCCAGAGAAUACUGCCUGCUGGCCAUUGUUGAUGAGAAAUGCAAAAAAAAAAAAAAAAAAAACUGAGAAAUUGGCAUUCGAAGGAAAUUGAACCAAAUGGCAAUAUAAGGCAUCUCAGCCACAACCAAUGGCAUGCAUAAUGUACACACACCAUCUACCUACAGUUUCCAACAAUACAAAACUAUAUAAGUGUCAACAGUGUUAGACAGAAAAUGACUUCUUGAUAACUUUGCCUUUGUAUCCCACACAUGUUCAAAACAAACAAUUACCCUGAAAAGGGGGAAGGACAAAGACAAGGCAAACACAGGUUCUGACAUGAUUGUAGUGUGUGCUCUGCUGGCCUCUUGCAGAUCGAUCACACCCAGAUUCGAGAUAGACGAUGAUUUAUGGGAAAAAAAACAUGUUUUUUGAAACACUCCUUGGGUCUUGCAUGACCCAUCGCACCUAUUCAGGGAUAAGAUAUAGGGCAGUUUAUGUGGCGUUAAAGUUCAGGAAGUGCAAAUUCCUUUCGAACUCCAAGGUGAUUGUGCAUAUGCAGGGUUUUGAGAAGUUUUCAGUUCAUGCAGAACUCCUGAUGUAUGCCUGCAUGAUCCCCAGAUCACCCAGGGUUCAUGAACUGGGCACGAUAUCGAGACCAAUGUGAGCAAGACUUCCCAAUGUAUGUGCAUACAAUACUGCAUUUUAAUGUUUGCCCAUAGGCUCUACUAGUUCAGUGAUGGCCAAUCAUUUGAAAAUCCAUAAGAAUGUGGAUCACAACUUUGAGUGGUUGCAAGUCAGCCUCAGUUGGUGGAACUGCCACAUCCAUGGUGUCAGCUCCGAGAACACUCACUAGAGCAAACUGAUGUCCUAGGCUUUCCUUUAGAAAGGGACCCAACUUAAGCUUUGGGGCACCACUUAGGACACCUGGAGGGCCUUCUUCAGAGGCCUUGUUAGGAAUUUAUUCACUCUUCAAUUGAAUAAAGAUAUUUUAAUGUUCACAUUAAGUAAAAUUAUAAUUCCUUUUUAGGUAAAUAAAUGGACCCAAUGUCUAAUUUAUUAGUAUGUAGUAUGUCUAUGCAUAAUUAUUGAUUAGUAAUAAAAUUGGGUGAUUAAGGACGUAUGUAUAUGCGUAAGUUAAGCCUUAUUGGUAAAUAAAUAAAUACACAUAUUGUUUAAA